AUGUGGCACCCGGACGCGCUCGACAUGAUCGAUGACCACUUUGGCGCCACUUCGCGCUUCACCGACAGCCGUGAGAAAUCCACGUGGACAACGAGUAUCACCAUCUCGCACUGGACAAUCCGGACCUGUGAAGAACACCGCGCCGACGCAUUCCGCGAGAGCCACCGACAGCACGGCGACUUCCCGCCAGAGAACAUAGCGCAGCUCGGGUCGUCUUCGUCGUCGUCAGAACUCUCGCAGAUGAUGCACACAGUGCAAGAGCAGUCGUCGUCGCUGGUAUUCACGGGCGACGCGGCCGGCCACCUGUGGGUCUGCUCGGCGUGGUCAGGCGUGACAGACUCGGCUGCCGUCGCGCCAGUCGUGUCACGCGUUUUGCCACGCAUUUUGGAGAAGUUCAUUCACCAGCAAGCCAGCGCGCGCUGUCUUGCGUUUCUGCUGCUCCUAGGUCAUCUGUGCGAGAAGCUUGCGGUGGAGUAUGGGAAGUUGUUGGCAAGGCUGGAUGAUAUCAUGGAGAUUGGGGACCGCACCCUCCUUGAAGGCCUCGAAGACUGGUGGGGGACAACAGAAGCUAUCAACAAGCUCAAGAAGAUGCUCUGGGGCUGGGAGGCGCUGCGCGUAUUCAACGACAAGCUGUCAUCGUCGCUAUCGCAGAUUGACCGAGCCCAUGAGGCGAUGGAGCAUACCAUCAAACAGGAUGCCACGAACCAGCACGCCGACCUCAUCCAGGAAUACAACGGCGUCGUCGACGAGUUCAAGAAGCGCUACGGCAUGCUGAUGGACGUGCACGACAAGACGCAGCUGAAGAUCAAGCAGGUUACCGGUUUGCGGGACGGCAUAUCCACCAUCACCAAUGUCGUCGAUACGCAGACGGCCCUCGCCGACAACCAGACGACUAUCCAGCAGGGCAACAACAUUCGCACUCUCACGUACAUCACGAUUGCGUACCUGCCGCCUGGGUUCAUCACCGCGCUGUACUCAAUCUCGCACGGCACAUUCAUGGACGACGCCUCCAAUGAGCAGUUCAUCAUCCUGAUUAUCGUAUUCUCAGUAGCCACCUACGUCGUCGCCUUCAGCCUCGAGAAGGUGCUGGAGCUGUUCAAGGGCAAGACGUGGUCGGCGGCCCUCAAAAGCCGCAAGAAGCCCGUCGUUAAGGCUGAUGUUGAGGAGGCCAUCCCGGAAAAGGCAUGGCUGUCAAGCGGCAAUGGCCACGCGUGA